CGAGACGAGAUAUCCCAGCGUGAAGCAAUGCCCGUUUGAUGGUGGAUUCCGGGCCGCCCCUGCCGCCGUUGGUGGAGAAAACGACUAAUACCGCCUCGGCCUCGGCAGUCGCGGUCAUAGUCGUAAGUAAGUAGUCGUAGUGACUCCAGCCACUUGAUGCCUAUUUCCCAGCCACACUCGACCUGUCAACCCACUACGGAGUCACUCAUAGGCAAGCCCUUGGGCAGAACCUCACUUGCUUGUCUCCGCUUGCUCAUGAUGCCUAGAUUGCCCUGCCUCUCUGCUGUUUGCGUCUCUCCGUGGCCCAAAAUCCGUUGCUUCUUCACGAUUCCUUCAUGAUAUCAAUCGUCAACAGUGACGCUGGUGAGCUCGCGGCCGUCUGUUGGCCAGCACCUCGAAUUCUGCUAAUCUCAAGUGCCCUUCGCUCUGUUAUCUUUAAGUAAUCUCUUACAGUGUACGCGGAAGCAGCAAAACUCAUCUCUCAUUCUAUCAACACCAAGAAAACCGCACAGGCAUAUCAUAUCUACCCUCUCGAGCAUGUCGUUCAGUGCUCGAACUCCCGAAUCUCUACUCCCUCGGUCGGAUUCCAAAAACCCGGCAACCACAUGCAGAGGCAUCACCACCACUGGUCGACCAUGCAGAAAAUCCCUAGCCGCUUCCCCUCAGCCAUCGCCAAACCCUUCUCCCGUCAGAGGUUCCGGCGUCCUUACGGUUCUUCAGGAGGAACAUGCCGCUGCUUUCUUCUGUCACCAUCAUAAAGAUCAGGCCGUCCAGCUGCUCGCUCAGGGCCGCAAACAGACAACCCUACACCCGUUGAAAGAAAAGUCAAGUAUUGACACUUUGUUGGAGAGGGUCGGUGUCCUGGAGAUCGAUGACAAUGUCGCCCAGCCUCGUAGGAGGAGGAAGCCGCGAGCUCAGAAAGCCUCCAGUGAGCAUGCCAUCACGCGCAGAGACUCUCUUCCUAAGGGGUGGAACCACCUACAAAGCCCACUCAUGUCUGUACCGACUGACUUGGUAAACCCCCCACCGAAAUCAAGAAUUCCUAGCCGACCACCUCGGUCUAACAUGAAGUUCUCUUGGUCUUGUUGCCUGCGAGCCGACAGUGACAGCGACGAUGACAGACCAGCAAGGGUGCCCAAGAGCAGAUUUGUCGGUGAUCUUCACAGUACAGGUCCAAAUCACCGUCCAAAUCAUGGUGCCGGCAUCCAACCUUCCCGUGUAACGCCUCGACCACAAUAUCUAUCCACUCAACCGCAACAGUCUACAUCACCAUCACGACCGACAAAAAUCGAAGAACAGGACGCUUCGCCAGUCAAAACUCAAACUCGCAGUUUGCUAUCAUACAUCCCAUCAACCUUGUCGCCCCAAACCACUUCUCUCCUCUUAACCGAACUUUCUCGCCCAAUAUCUACGGCUGACGAAGCAGGUUACAUUUAUAUUUUCUGGCUCACGCCUGAAUCGGGCUCUGCAAAACCCGAUGAUGAGACCGCAUCUUCUCUUCUUGACGACGACGAGGAUUACAGAGGCGGAAACGAGUACGGUGGUCUCUAUCCCUCUUUGAAGUCCGCCCGUGCGCAAGCAGCCGACCAAACCCUUCAACGAUAUGCAUCGGUUCGCCGUACACUCAACACGGUUUAUCGACCAUCUCCAAGGAGCGGACCAGAUGAACACGAAUUGACGACACGGCGAACAAUCCUACUCAAGAUCGGACGUGCUGCCAACGUUCACCGCCGUAUGUCCCAGUGGAGCAAGCAGUGUGGUCAGGAGAUCACACUGAUUCGGUAUUACCCCAACACGCCAUCAAGCCCUAAAGCACACCAAUUGUCCACAUCUAAUGAUAUGAUCGUGGGGCGCAAAGUGCCUCACGUGCAUCGAGUCGAAAGAUUGGUUCACCUGGAGCUAGCUGAGAAGAGGGUGAUUAAGCCUGAAUGUCAGGCCUGUGGCCGCGAGCAUCGAGAAUGGUUCGAAAUCGACGCUUCUCGAGAUGGCUUGAAGAGUGUGAAUGAGGUGAUCAAGCGAUGGAUUCGCUGGGCCGAGGCAGCCCGUUGAGUUGCGGACAGCCAAAUGGCGAGAAUGACGAAGCGGGUGGACUUUUGAUGCGACGAGUCUACGCAGUGAGGACAGACACAGAUUCAUGAUUGUAGAUUGUAUACGAUCCACAGAAGAUAUCAUUAAGAGUCAUGAUCCAAUAAGGGUCCCUGCUAAUUCGACCACUUGGAUUCAUCGAAUCAUGUUCUUUUUCC